UUCCUUGAGCGAGUGUCUAGGACUCUACCCCUCGCCAGAUCUCACUUGUGCGAUUAUACUGGUUAUGUUGUUGUUUUUGUUGUUAUGAUUGUUGAGUAAGUCUAUGUCCUUUUAAUAUUAAAUGUGAAUUGCAGAUGUCAACUAGAAUUCUGAAAACAAACACUGCUAAUACCUAACAUUCAUAACACCUUCCUUUCUUACAUUGAACAGUUCAGUUGCACAAAAAGGAAAGAUGAAUCAGCCAUAUUCAAUACUUACACCUACUACCUAGCCCUUUUUUCCCCUCUUCUAAUAUGGAAUUUUCAACAUUUUGCUAAUUUUCUUGUUAACAAUCAUCCAUCUCAGCUUCAAGUUUCAUUUUUCACAGAGGGGAUUACCUAAUCAUGCAUCAUCGUCAUUGUUAUUGCUAUCAUUGUUGGACGAGGAAAGAGAAAUUGACUCGUGUGCUCGCCCUGCUAUACCUAUCUGGAUUUGUGGCAUUGUUGCUUAGCAUAAGGUACGGGCUUUAUGGUGAUUGUCACAUGGUUCUUGAACCUAGCUCAUCGCGAUUACUCAGGCUGAGUUCUCUGUUUGUGAAGCCAGUUGAAGUAAGAAAUGAUGGCAAGAAAGGAGUUUCCCUUGAUGGUUUCUCAGAGAAGCCUGAAUUGAGUGUGGAAACCAAAUGGAACUUGUCGAAAUUUGUGAUUGUUGGAUCUUACAGUUACAAGUCGAUAACUGGAUAUGCCAACAAGUAUGUCAUUUUUGUCUUCAACAGGGGAGAGAAAACUCGAAAAUAUUCAGUCAACAUACUAUUCUGGACUAGAAGAUUCAAAAGGAACAGCAUACGCAAGGACUUGUCUCGAGUGUAUGUUGAGAUAUCUUUCAUCACACGUUUCGUCACUUAUCUUGUAGUUUUAGGAGUAGCAAUCAUAAUCACUUGCCUUAUAAUGAAAUCUUUGGGGUCUUGUCAUGAUGAGAGUUAUGCAGAAGACAGUCCAGUAUCACGAGAAGUAACCGAGACCGAUCCAAUUUUGCCUCAGAAGGAAGUAAGAUCAAUUUAUGGAACAUGUAAUGAAGAGGAAGAUUGUGGCAGAUCAAGUUCUUCAGAGGAUUUAUAUGAUGGCAGAAUAUGUGUUAUCUGCUAUGACAAUCCAAGAAACUGUUUCUUUGUUCCGUGUGGUCAUUGUGUAACUUGCCAAAAAUGUGCUCUGAGGAUCAUGAAUGCUGAAAGCAAGUUGUGCCCAGUGUGCAGAAGGCCAACUCAUAAAGUUAGAAAAUUUAUCGGACGAUGUGCAAUGAGUAUAUGAAGGCACUGAGUGUCGCGCUUUCCUUUUUGGGGUGCGGCAGUAGUCUUCUCUUAAUCUCUCA